AAGAAAGAGAGACAUGUAAGCCGAGAGGAGGGGGACUCUGGUCUCUGUUACUCAGCUUUCCUUCUUUUAUAAUACACUCAACAUUUAUCAACUCACAGAAGUUUGGAAGUUUCCCAUAAAGAUGCCUUUAAACUUCCCAGGGUAGUUUCUUGUGAUAGGACAUGAGACCAGUUGUUCCCCACCCUGGUCAAUCAGUAACUUGACUCCAGCCAGAAAAAGUCAAGCAUAUUCCUUAAAACCAGCUUCCAUGACUCAUGGUUUGACCUCUUUGGCCUCAGGGUCGCCAGACCCUUUGAAGCAGAGAGAAAAUGAAGAUGAGACGUGAAAGGCGACCGGUUUGCACUGAGGCGAGCACAUAUGCUGCUCUCUCUCCUCGGGCACUGGGCGCGGGUUCUCUGUCGGGAGCUGCCUACUGUGUGUGUCACAUUGUCUCCAUGGAAUAUGGGCCAACAGCUCCCAAGGUCUCCUGGGGUGAAACUUGGGAGAGUAGGUAAACUUGUAGACACAGAGAUCAGGCAGCCAAUCGGGGCCUUGCUUCCAGUAAAGGACAAAUGUCCCCAUGAAAACCAACUAAAGAAGUUCAUUAGACUACGGAGAGGCUCAGAGUAGUAAUGGAGGGCCUGGUAUCACGAUACGAGCUAUUGAUUGGCUGGGAUCAGAACUCAGGUCUUCUAAGCCUGAGUCUUGGGCUCCAUCCUCUACUUGGGUCAUAGAAUGGCUAUGGAAGAUGUUCCUCUUGGGACCUCUGAAUGGCUUAACAGUUGGCUUGAGGGUUAGUUUACUGGGCGGUAAACACUCCCAAGGCUGAGGCCACACAUCAUGUAUCUUUGCAUUUAUAUCCUCAACACCAAGUGUGGGUCUGGUACACAGCAGGUAUUCAGUGAGUAUCUCGAAUGAACUGCCCCAAUCUACUUGGCCAGUAAAGCAUGAGGAAGGGCAAGAGGGCAGCAGCCCUGAGGUCUGUUGUGGAGACAGUUAGAGCUCCAGGCUCUCCUGUGCUGCUCACACACUGGGUGCUGUCUAAUUUUAUGUCAAUUCGACACAGGCUAGAGCCAUCAGAGAGGAGGGAGCCAGCCUCAACUAAGAAAAUGUCUCCAUAAGGUGACACCCUAAGCAAGCCUGUAAUUCGUGACUGAUGGAGGAGGGCCCAGCUCAUUGUGGCUGAUGCCAUCCCUGAGCUGGUGGUCCUGGGCUCUCUAAGAAAAGCAGGCUGAGCAAGCCACAGGGAUCAACAUAGUCAGCAGCAUCCCUCCACGGCCUCUGUAUCAGUUCCUGCUUCCAGGUUCCUGCCCUGUUUGAGCUCCUGUUCUGACUUCCUUCAGUGAUGGUCUAUGGAUGUGAAAAUGUAAGCUAAAUAAACCCUUUCCUCCCCAGCUCGCCUUUGGUCAUGGUGUUUCAUCACAGCAAUAGUAACCCCAGGAUGCGGUGACUCCUAGGCAUUCGUGUAGGUCAUUAAAGGCGCCAGACUUGAAGCCUCAGUUAUCCGUGACCAUUGUUAUAGUUUUAUUGUCUAUCUGGAUGAAGAGAGGUUGCAUGUGGUCCCUGGACUGUCAUUGCCAAUAGUUCUGCUAAUGGUCUAUCUCAGUAAAGCUUUCCUACGAUUGCCUGAGGAUACGCCUUCAUGUUCUGUCUCAUUUGUCCUGAAUUGCUGCGUUCCAGACUAGGGGGAAUGCUUCGCUUUCUGUGAUUUGAGUUGACAGAUCCCCCAUUGGAUCAGUCACCUAGAUAACUUGUAUUUCAAGGGUCCCUGGGUAACAGGGCAAGUGCCAUGGGAAGAAGAGUGGAGUUCUCACCCAUGGGUGACUUCCAUGGUCUUUACCUCUGAGUAGCCUUGACCCAUGGACACAUUUUCUCUUGGAAUAUGGGCUGGCAGGUCCUCAGGGCUCCUAGGAUGGAAUUACCGUGGGAAUUUGGGACAAGUCCCCAGCUGUUUGGACUCCAGAUGUGCACCCAGUACACUGACACAGCUCUCAGCCUACCCCACAGCUGCUCCUGACCAUUCUCUUAAGAGUGUAUCUUACCAUAUCAUAUACUUUGGCCUAAUUUGCCUAUCAUGACUUAAAUCCUUUCGUUUUAUUUACUCAGGCACUCCACAAGCUGGCCAAGGUUAUUUGGAAACUAAUUUCACUAUCCCUCUCCCCUGCCCCCAUCCAGAAAAUGCAAAGAACAGAAAGGAAUUGUAUGCAAUGUUCUAUAGGUGUGUAAUAGGAACAGCAAGUUCUUCACUGUUUCCUGGACCUUCUAUUUCUCUGGUGGUUUCUAUAUAUUAUUAGAGCAAACACACUCAGUUUUUAAGGUGGAAACCCUAAAACUGCCUAUCAAUGUGAUUUGUAAAUCAGGAGAGCUUUUGAAGCACACCUUUAACUAACAACUUAGAUGAUGCCUCAUCUGGAUUUUCUGUACUUCUCUGUGAAGAUUCUAAACUCAGGAAUUUAAAGUGGAUCUAUUAUAUGAUUUCUUUAUCAUUACCUCAGUUUUCCUAGAAAAUACACCUGGUCUAUCGAACAGAAUGGGAAUGCCCUCGAAAGGGGCUAUAGGAUCUUAGAGUAUUUUCAUUAUCCACAGGUCUUGCAUAACAACAAGCAUUUAAUAAAUUAGUUUAAUUGAAUUUGACUUUUAUGUGAAUUAUGAAAAAAGAAAACCCACAUUUCAAUGAUGGGCUGAUAAUAGAAGCAGUCGCUCAGGCUGGCUCCAGACUUGGGGAGAGACUCAGGAAGCACUCAAGCCCUCGCUGUGGCGGUGGCUACAAGCACUUGUGAGCACAGGCUAGGGAACAUUGUCUUCUCUGUCUAGCUGGCCUCUGUCGUCCCUACUGUGGGCCCCUUUCCUGCUAAUGGCCUUCUCGCACUCUGUCCCUUCAGCCCCAGUCUUGGUGACUGAGAAUAUUGACAACGGAUGGCAGAUGACUGGAUCCAGCAGGGAGCCCCCCCCAGUCACACCCCAUUACAUGCACAUAUUCAAGCAGGGGUGGGGUAUUUGGGAAAAUACAUCAUCCAUAAGGAGGAGGGGAUCUUACCUGUCCGAGAAAAGGGCUCGAAAGGCAGGUGGGGAACAAAUGAGAAAAAGACACAUUUAUGUAGUGACCAACCACUGUGAGAGAGGUAGCUCCUGUUUGAGCCAUCAGCAACAACACAGGAACAAGGCUGUGCCACAAACCUUUUUAGCAAACCAUGGAAAGUCCAAGUUCCCACAGACUCUCCAGUAGCUAAAUCAAAACAGGGCCGUGUUUUCAAAACAACGAAAAGACACUACUACAGCCUUCCCAACUUCCCUCCCGACAUAUUGGGCCGCUUUACAAGAAUUCUAUGUACCUAGUUUGCACUUGAACCCUGCGCAGAAAACUCACAUCCAUGCGCCUUUCACAUGUAAACUGCUACAUUGUAGCCAGGAAGACAUCCAUUCACACACUCUCACUCAGUCUAAAGAAACAGUACAGAAAAGCCAAGUGGCAGAGGCUGCCCACCACAGAGGCAGCUGAUGGAAAAGGGGAUUCAAAAUCAUGUAACCUGACCCCAAGACCCGAGCUUUCCCUUACACCAAGGUGACCCAAAAGACAUGGUCAACAACCUUAGAGCCACCAAAAUAUUAAAGUUCAGUAUACACUGCCAACAUUCUAGCAGUCUUAGCCAACCAUGGGGAGGUUCCCUCAUUCCUUCAAAUGUUCAGGUAGCUGGGAGUAAAUGCUCAGACAGCCUCUACAAGAUGGUCAUGGUUGGGAGUUUAGGAUGGGACUGUCUUUCUCAGACAGUGUGUAAAAAUUGCCAUUUACACCCAAAGCACUUCUGGGUAGCUAAAUUGAUGGACUUCAAUGAUCGAGAAUGGGGCACCCGAAUCUUCUCUUCCAAAGGUCACAAUCAUCUUUUACUCUUAUUCUAGGUCCUACAAAGGCACCAAGAUGUUAUAUAGGAAAGGAAGGCAGAGAGCUAGAGCGGCCCCAGAGCCCACAGUCUCAUCAGCACACUGCCUCAUAAUGAGGGAAGUAGGAUGGAGGAAGCCACUUGUCUAAAAGAGCACAGCAGUUAGAAAGAAUAUCUGAUCCCUAACCUUAGGAAAUAUAAGUUGAAGUGUUUAGGUAUAAAAGGAUAUAGCGUAACUUACCUCCAAAUAGUUCAAAUAAACAAAGCAUAUUAAGGACUGGGAAUGUUGUUCAGUGGUAGAGUGCUUACUCAGCAAAUACAAAGCGUUGAGUUCCAUUCCCAAUCACAAACACACACACAUGCAUACACUUCCACAUGCAUGCACACACGCAUACGUGCAUGUGUAUACACACAAAUUAUGACUGGAAGAGGAACUGAUAACACAAAUGGGAUAAAACGUUAAAACAGGAAAAUCUACCUACACAGUACAUGGAUGUUUUUGUACUAAUUUUAAGUUUUGCAAACUUUAGAAAUUAAAAUUAUUUCCCAAAUGUGUAUCAAAAAGCAUGCUCUAAACAACACAACCAAUAGAACAAGACAACAAAAAUACCUAGUAGAGGGAGAGGCUAGGAAAAUAAGAGAGAAGGAAAGCAAGGUGGUCACUCCCAGAGGACAGAGGGUCCCAGAUAUGGGAACACAUGGGGAUGUUAACACCGAAACGGGGACACGCAUAAAGAAAAUAGGGGACAAACGACACCACCGCCAUGGCUCUACAAUAGUCUUCUUUCUGGCUGGGCUCUCUCAGCCAAGAUGGGCCACUGAGGAAUGACAAAAACAAACAAAACGAACAAAAAGCCACCACCACCACCAACAACAAUGAAGACAGAAAAAUAAAGGAAGAGAAGGAAGGUAGGAAGGAAGGAAGGAAGGAAGGAAGAAAGAAAGAAAGAAAGAAAGAAAGAAAGAAAGAAAGAAAGCUAGAUUCCGGCUAAUAGCCCCCACCUGAAGUAUGGCCGGCAGAGACUUCCUUCCAUCUGUGGAUACCUGUUCACUCCAUCGAGAGUUUCUUUUGCUAUCAGUGGUUUUUUAAUUUCAUGCGGUUCCAUCCUGGGGCUAUUUCCUGAGUCCCUGGAGUUCUGCUUAGAAAGCUCUUGAUGAUAGCUAUAAUCUUGAAUAAUUCCUCUAGCAAUUCCAGCAUUUCUGGGUUGUAAUUGUCUCUGUUCUACUCUGAAGUCACCUUUGCAUGGGAGGAAGGACCUCAGGUCUGACUGUAUUCUUUCGCAGACAGAUGCAGUUUCGCUAGAACCAUUUGUCUUUUCCCCAUUGCACGCUUUUGACACCUUUGUAAAAAAUGAGGUGGCUACAGCUUUGCCAGUUUAUUUCUAGGUCCCCUGUUUUAUUAGUCUAGCACCUGUGGAAAUUAUAAUAUUAAACAAGGCGAACCAACUCAGAAAGAUUAAAAGCUGGACAUCUUUUUUUAGGUGCGGAUUCUAGUUUGCGUUGUAUAUAGAUGGGUGUCAGGGUGGUUAGGGUCCAAAAAAAAAAAACAAACUAGAAAAAGAAACCCAGAAAUAAUAAAAAGAGAUGCCAAGGAAAGUGGAAAAGAACAUAAGUGCACAUGGAUGUGAAAACAGGAAGGAUGCUGGGAAAGCUGUGGGGGUUGGGUGGUUAGAGGGGGCAGAGAAGGGAGAAGAAUCUACUAAAACACAACUUUGUUCAAAAAUUCUAUAAUGAUAGCUAAUCUUUGUAUAACGAUUAAAAAUUUUAAGUUAUGAAGAAACAAGAAAACAAAAAAAAAAUAGCUAUGUUUUUAAAAGGCCAAAGUCUUGCAUCCAAGAACACUACAUCCAUCUUUUAAACUCGUAAUGGAAUCGCGGGACCUUGUGAUGUCAGCUUCAUUCAGAAUGUUUACUGCCUAGACAAUCUGGCUAGCUUCUCGGGAGCAUCUGUGUGACCGCCAUACCUCUUGGUAGUCAGAACAUGGAGAGCUUCUCACUUCUCAGCAUUUCUAAACCGCAAAUCUCUUCCUCUGCCCUGAGUGCUUUUCCUGAUAUCAUGUCCUCACUUGCCACCAGCUUGCCAGACUUGAGGGACAGCCAGAAUGGGGAGCAGCUGAGGCGAAACUGCACCAUCUACCGGCCCUGGUUUUCUCCUUACAGCUACUUCGUAUGCACAGAUAAAGAGAGCCACCUGGAGGCCUAUGGGUUCCCAGAGGUGGACUGGGAAGAGGGCAGAGGGGACAACUGCUUUAUUGAGGAUGUGACUGAGAGUGUCUGCUCAUCUUCCUCCUCCCAAGAGAACACAUUCCCCAGGGAGGCCAACAGGAAAUUCAUGCAUGGGUUGGAGUCUAUUACAUCCCAGGAUAUUCUAAUGGCUUCUAAGUGGCACCCGGCCCAACAGAAUGGCUACAAGUGUGCGGCCUGCUGCCGCAUGUACCCCACUUUGCACUCCCUCAAGAGCCACAUCAAGGGGGGCUUUAAGGAGGGCUUCAGCUGCAAGGUGUACUACCGCAAGCUUAAAGCUCUCUGGGGCAAGGAGCAGAAGGCCCGGCCAGGAGACAGGCUCUCCUUGGGUAGUUGCUAGGCCUUCCAGUAG